GCUUUUCAAACGCAUGGUGUUAAAUAUCUCCCUCAAUUAAGAAAAAAGCUUUAGCUAUUAACAAGGCACAGUGUCAAGAUGAUGUACUUACUGCUGUUCUGUUUGGUGGCUUCGGCUGUUGCCUAUGAUAAGUCAUGCUUCUUAGAACCGGAGGAAGGUAUGUGUCGUGGAUAUUUCCCUAGUUACCACUACGACUACAAAAGCAGAACAUGCAAAGAGUUCAUCUAUGGCGGCUGCGAUGGGAAUGACAACAGGUUCGAAUCUGAAGAGGAAUGUAUGGAAAAAUGUGGAGAUGCAGUAGUAUGGGAAUCUGAAGACAUUUGUGAGCUGCCCAGCGAAAGUGGAAAGUGUCUUAUAUAUUUUAUAAGAUACUUUUUCAACAAAGACACUGGUAGCUGUGAAAAGUUUAUCUAUGGUGGCUGCCAAGGAAAUGAAAACAACUUCGAAACUGUUGAAGAGUGUGAGCAAACUUGCAAGAAAGCCUACGCUCCUGCUGAUGACAUUAAUUGCAAUGCCCUACCUGAGGUUGGACCCUGUGAUGCAUAUUUCGUGAGAUAUUACUUCGAUAGACAAGAGAAUAGAUGCAAACCAUUUGUCUAUGGAGGCUGUGGUGGCAACACGAACAACUUCGAGUCCGAAGAAGAAUGCAGCAACACAUGCAAAGAAUAAAAUUGAUGACAAAAAGAAGAAAGAAAAGCAUGAACAGAGAACUUUUGUACACCUCUUUUAAAGGACAAUAAAUUUAAAAUGCUUUA